AUGUAUGGAAAACGAACACGUUCAAACAACAACAUCAUAAUGCCUCCAAUAUUUGAUAUUUAUCGUAAGCCAAUAUUUGAUGAAUCGAUUCGAAAGGCUGAAUACCGAACUUAUGCACCAUUCAUCAAAUCAUUCUACUGCAAUGAUAUUGUUGAAUUUAGCAUUAAUCAAGUUUACUCGUUUUUUGCAAUGAGCGAAACCUUGUUAUGCAUUAAAGGAUCACUCGAAAUAACUGGAAAUGGUGACGUCACACUAGCAAAUAAUGUGGGUGCCUUCCUUUUCGAUUCGUGUAUGUACAGUGAAAGCGCAAGGGAGAUGGAAACAGUGCGGGAUCCUGGCAUCGUAAGUGCUGUACGUGCCAUGACAUGUUAUACGCAAGAAGAUUCUAAUUAUAUGGUUAUGGCUGGAUGGAAUUACCCUAAGGAUCCAAUUCUAAACGCUGCAGAUCAUUCAUUCAGCAUACAGAUGCCUCUUAAGCAUGUUUUCAACAUUUUUAAUGAUUAUCCAUUGAUUACGUGUGGUCGUCAAACAAUAAGACUAGUUCGAGCUCGAAAUGACAACGAUUGCGUAGUUAUUAAAGAAAAACAAAACGCUGACAAAACUACAACUGUUACAACCGCUAAGAUUAACAUUACCAAUAUUGAGCUUAGAGUGAAGCACAUAUUCCCCAAUGAUGAUAUUAAAUUGGAACUCAUGAAAUCCACUCAACAAGAUCAACCUAUAGUUAUUCCGUUUAGAAAGUGGGAAUUGCAUGAAUUACCUGCUAUUACGAGAGGUGCCAGGCGUGAAGUUUGGGCUGUUAAAACUAGUACAUCAGUUGAAAGACCUCGUUAUGUCAUUGUUUUCUUUCAAACCAACAAACGCGACAAGACUACAGCUGAUCCUACUUUAUUUGACAAUGUCAACAUCCAAAGUAUUAGAUUAUCGUUAAAUGGAGAAUACUGGCCGAACGAGAGAAUGCAAUUGGAUUUUAGCAAAACCGAUUACAAUGAAGCCUAUUUUAACUAUACAGAAUUUUAUCCUAGCUACAUACAUUCCCAACAAAAACGACCUCUACUCGAUUUCUCAGCUUUUAAGACUCAUGCAUUGUUCGUUAUCGAUUGUUCGAAACAAGAAGAAAGCAUGAAAGCAUCCACCGUUGACGUAAAACUCGAUAUUGAAGCGAAUAACGGUUUUCCCGACAAUACCAAGGCCUAUUGUAUUAUUAUUCACGACUGUGUAAUGGAGUACUUCCCUCUCACCGAAAUUGUAAAAAGUCUAAAUUAG